AUGGCGAACCCCUUCCUAAUGGAUGAUGAGCCGUUGGCGGGUAACGCGACUCCGAACCCGUUUCUGUUUGGCGAUGACGGCUCUGCUGCCGAUGAGUCGGACAAUCCCUUCUUGGCGCAAGGUGGCAGUAACCCGUUCGCGGAUUUUGGAGGUGGUGGAGCUGACGAGGAUGUCCCGAUGCCUGCCACAACUGGCAUGGACCUGUUCGGAGGUGGAGACCCUGUCGUCGUUACAACUGGCGCGCAGCUGUUCAUGGCGACUGAUCACGUGCUAACAUCGACGGCACCUGGUCCGGAGUUGACGAUGGCGGCCUCCAUGGCACCGGAUAAUGGAGCUAACGCCAACUUCUUCCAUACCACGAUCAACGAGGAGGACGAUCUGAUCAUUCCGAAGCCCACGCACUUGCACUUGGGCGCCAACACGACCGCCGCUCUGAUGGAUCCUGAUGGUGCUGGUGGGCUGUACUCAAGUGAAGACGAACUCCAAUCCCGGGGAGGCGGAGCGAGACCGCAUAAACCGAUCCCGCCACGUCCGAUCCCGCCCUCGCACGCUACUCAGCAGUUGAUUAGCUCGAUUGCCGAUCAGCUGGACCAAACCAGCACGAACCUUCUGCAGAAGAUCCCGGUCACGCGCACGCCCAGUCCGGUAUCGAUGCGGGAUCUUCAUUCACCUAGCCCAACACCUGGUGAUUUUGGAGAUCUGAUGUCGAGCGGUGCCGUUGAACCAGGCUCGGUUGCUGCCAGUGACAACCCAUUCGCGGAUGAGGCAGGAGUAGGUCCGGGAUCUGUCACGCCAGUGCAGAAGCCACCGCGUCCACGGCCUCCACCACCGAGACCUGCACCUCCAAGGAGUUCGCUGGCAUCUUCGCCAGUCAAUCCACCACCUCCAGUGACGGGUAUGGCGACGACCACGCAAGAAGCGGACCUGUUCGAUCUGUUCGGAACAGGUCCAACACCGAAACCGGCGGCGCCACCGAAACCGCCUGCUCCGAAGACAAAGGAGGACAUCCUGUCGUUGUUCUCGCAGCCAGCUCAACCCUCGACGGCCGCUAUGGCACCGCGUCCCUCGAAGCCGGACCUUCUGAGCGACGACUUGGAUGACCUGCUUGGCGGGAUGCCGGCGGCAACUGGUGGUGCCGGGUCAGAGGCAGCGUUUGUACCGAACCUGGCCGAGAACCUGGCCACGGUUGUGCAGCCUAUUGCAACUGUACCAGCUCCAAGCGCGGCAGUUGUUUCAGCUCCUCCACCAAAGCCACCACCACCGGUGGUUCAGCGUGUUCCUCUGGAGCUGGUGGAGGAGCCUGCCGUUGAGGAGGUCCCGAUGGAAGAGCCCCUAUCCGAGGACCUCCCAGUGCCGACCGAAAGCUAUAUGGAGCCUUCUCCUGAGAUCGUGCUUGAGAUGGCACCCGCAUCAGAUCCGAGUGAUGCAAUGCGCUCGGAGGUGUCGUCAGAGUAUAGUCCGACUGGUUCGAACAUCACCUCUGGCAAUAUUCCCAGCUCUGUCUCGGGUAGUAUUGUGAAUCUGCCAACUCUCGACCGACCUACCCUUGGUGGGAUGGAGAUGGAAAUGGACACGACCCUGGAGGAUGGCACAGGUGUGGCGUCGAUGCCGCUCGAUGCGGAUUCCGACUUCAACCAUCUGGAUAUGCAGCCUCAGCAGCAAACGGGUCUGUUCGAGGAGCCGACGGGUGUUACGGCGCAGUACUACGGUGAACCAGUGCAAGACCAGCUGAUAGGGGGCACUAAUGGCACCACGGUGAACCCCUUCGCAAUGGUUGAAGACGACGAACCGGUCGCGGCAGUAGCACCCGCAGUUGGUGGUUUGGAGUACGCGAAUGAGUUGUUUGGGGCGACCAACCUAGCGAACAACAACACGAUGGACCAGCGGGAACCUGACGCGUUCGACUCGUUUGCUGCCAAGUUUGAGGGCAAACAGAACAGCACUGGAGCCGGUACAGGUGUCGGUGGAAUGGGUCUGACGGGAGGAACUGGUCGAUCGGAGAACAUCUUCCUAGACGACAGCGAACUAGGCGUUGGAGGUGCUGUUGGUGAGAUUGAUGCGUUCGGUGGUGAUGCCUGGGGAACAGGUGCACCUGCGACUGGUGGAGGUGGGUUCGAUGACGCGAGAGGUGAUGGAUUCGGCAACGACGAUGGCUUUGACGAUCCUUUCUUGAGCAUGCAGGCUCCACCGGCACCGGAGGGAACACCCUUCGGAAGGUCACACUCGCGUGAUUCCGACGAGGGCAGAGAGUUCAACGUGGUCAUCCGGCCGAAGGAGGGUGUGGAGACGAAUUACUCGGCGUUGGCGUUGGCACCACCUCCAAAGAGCCCGCAGACAGCUUCCAUCUACUCCGGUGACUCGUCUCCGCGUGUCAAUCCGUUCGAUCGCAGCGAAGAAGGAGAACCCAUUCCUGUUAGCAUGCCGGAUAAGCCCCAACUCGAGCGCACCGACUCGCAGGAGACACCUCCAACACCUCUGUUCGACGAAGACGUUUCGCAGCCGUUGGAGGACUUCCCGCGUGUGAUCUACCACGGGGACGGCUGGGAAAUGCAGCUGCGCCAGCCGAACAAGAAGAAAAUCACCGGUCAGCGGUUCUGGAAAAAGAUCUUCAUUCGGCUGGUGUUCCAGGGUGACAAUCCGGUACUACAGCUGCUAAAUGCGGCCACCGACAAGGAACCGUUCCAGGAGUUACCCUUGCAGGGGUGUUACUCGGUGUCGGAAAUCGGCGCGCAGCAGUACGAUAACUUCGGGAAGAUUUUCACCAUUAAGCUGCAGUACGUGUUCUACAAGGAGCGUCCUGGCGUGCGACCGGGCCAGGUGACCAAAGCGGAGCGGUUGACGAACAAACUGAGCCAAUUCGCGGCAUACGCCAUCCAGGGUGACUAUCAGGGCGUGAAGGAGCUUGGCAGCGAUCUGAAGAAGCUCGGGCUGCCGGUGGAGCAUGCGCCUCAGAUCUCGCAGCUGUUUAAGCUCGGCUCGAUGAACUACGAGGACAUGAAGCAGUUCUCCGUGUGCAUCGAGGAGGCACUAUUCAAGAUGAACGUGCACCGAGAUCGAGCACUUACGUACAAGACUGAGGAGGUGCAGGUGACGGCGGUGGAUGAGCUGUACGUCGAGCAGGACGCCGAGGGUCACGUGCUGAAACAGAUCGCACGUGUCCGGUUGUUCUUCCUUGCCUUCCUCACUGGUAUGCCAGACAUCGAACUCGGCGUUAACGAUCUGUGGCGUCAGGGGAAGGAGGUGGUUGGCCGGCACGAUAUCAUACCGGUGGUGACGGAGGAGUGGAUCCGGUUGGAAGGUGUCGAGUUCCACAGCUGUGUGCAGCAGGAUGAGUACGAGCGCAGCCGCACGAUCAAAUUCAAGCCUCCAGAUGCGUGUUACGUUGAGCUGAUGAGAUUCCGCAUUCGGCCGCCCAAGAACCGUGAGCUACCACUGCAGCUGAAGGCGACCUGGUGCGUGACUGGCAACAAGGUGGAGCUGCGUGCGGACGUACUGGUGCCUGGUUUUGCGUCCCGCAAACUCGGCCAGAUACCGUGCGAAGACGUCUCGAUUCGCUUCCCGAUUCCGGAAUGCUGGAUCUAUCUGUUCCGUGUGGAGAAACACUUCCGGUAUGGCUCGGUUAAGUCAGCUCAUCGACGUACUGGAAAGAUCAAGGGCAUUGAGCGCAUCCUGGGGACAGUCGACACGCUGCAAGAGUCUCUGAUCGAGGUAACAUCUGGACAGGCGAAGUAUGAACACCAUCAUCGUGCGAUCGUGUGGCGAUGUCCGCGACUACCCAAGGAAGGUCAGGGCGCGUACACCACGCACCAGCUCGUCUGCCGGAUGGCGUUGACCAGCUUCGACCAGAUUCCGGAGCAACUCGCCCCAUACGCGUACGUGGAGUUCACGAUGCCGGCAACGCAGGCCUCCCAUACCACAGUGCGCUCGGUGAGCGUCCAGGAUUCAGAAAGUGACGAACCACCGGAGAAGUACGUCCGCUAUCUGGCCCGACACGAAUACCGGGUUGGUAUCGAGCACACUACAGGAGAGUCGCUGAAUCCGUACCUGGCGGCGACAACUGUUUCGAAGCAGCCAAUACAAGAGGAGCAACCGAUGGCGACGACACCGAUCGCACCGAGCGAUUCCGAUUCCGAUUCGAACUAA